AUUUAAACCGCCAAACCCAAACACAUACACAGAACCCUACACAGAGACACUCUCCCAUUUUAGUCUGGCUACAACGGGGGUGAUUAAUAAUCAUGGAGUCGCCGGCGAACACGGCGGCGGAAGGGAGGGCGGAAGGGCCCUAUGUGACGGCGAAAACUUCGGUGUGGUGGGACAUAGAGAAUUGCAGCGUGCCCAAGGGUUUCGAUUCGCAUUCGAUUGCUCAGAACAUUAGUUCCGCGUUGGUUAAGAUGAAUUAUUGUGGCCCCGUUUCGAUCUCGGCUUACGGGGAUUCUAAUCGCAUUCCUCCCGCUGUUCAGCAUGCUUUGAGUAGUACUGGCAUUUCGCUUAAUCAUGUUCCUGCAGGUAUUAAAGAUGCCAGCGACAAAAGAAUUUUGGUUGAUAUGCUGUUUUGGGCGGUGGAUAAUCCAUCCCCUGCAAAUUAUCUGCUAAUUUCAGGAGACCGGGAUUUUUCCAAUGCUCUGCACCAGUUACGUAUGCGAAGAUAUAAUAUCCUUCUAGCACAACCCGAACAGGCAUCAGCUGCACUAGUUGCAGCAGCCAAAGUUUUGUGGCCCUGGACAAGCCUUCUCUCAGGUGGGCUUCCACUAAGCAGCGGUGAUGUAUUUCUUUUUGUAAGUUUGAGCAAUAGGUCCAACCCUGCAGUAUUACAGGGCUCAGUUCAUAAUCAUCUGCCAAAAGUCCAUUCCGUGAAAUCAAAGCCUGAAAAUGAUGAUACUAACAAUAAACCAAAGUUCGGUAGUGAAGGCUCAAAUCAACUGACGUCAGGCUUUCUUUCAGGUGGGCUUCCACUUGGCAGCGGUGAACUAUCUAAAUCUGAUAGUGCAGCAUUUCAGGGAGUAGUCCACAGCUCUCUCCUGAAAGUCCAACCUCUGAAUUCAAAGCCUGUAAAUAGUGAUGCUAAUAGUAAUCCGAAGUUUGUUUCGAAAGGCCUGAAUCAACCGACGACGAGAACUUCAAGCAUGCCAGUUUGGGUUCCGAAAAACAAGGUAAAGAUUAAAAGUGCAUCUGCAAAAGAUUUUUAUGCUGCUCCUCAUGAAUUUUUCAGAAAAAGCGAACCUCCCAACCCCACCAAUUACUUUUCAGCUAACGUAAAAUUCAGUAAUUCUGAGCAGUCAGAAAACUGUGACAAUUCAAGUAAUAUACAAAAACGAUCCAGUCAAUGCACAAGACCGCAGACCAGUUUUGCUGCACCUGCUAAAUUUUCCAUGCCAAACUCUUCUAACAAUGCUUCCCCUCCCGGGGUACAAGAGCCUGAUGCUUCUAUAUUUUCUUAUCAGCCACCUAAGAAUGUGCCUGAUAUAGGCACACUGAGUAUAUCAGGAAAUAACAGCAAUACUUCAAAUCCUAGCAUUCCUGAUAUAAACUGUGGAGGCAACUUGAUACCCAAAUCUUUGGGGACUCCGCUUUUAGCUAUGUCUCAUUUACCACCUCAUGGGGCAGGUAACUUUGACACAAGUCAGCCAAUUUCGUGUAAUAUGCUUAGUGAUCGGAAUCCUCAUGUUCAUGAAGUUCCAGCAAUGUCCUUUUCAAAAAUCAAUCCAACUACUGGUAUCGAUGGAGUUCAAUGUUAUCAACUUUCUUCUGAAUUUAUUCAAGGUGCUAUAGGGGUUAUCUUAAUUGCUUUGGAUUCCUUAAAGAAAGACAAGAUAGUCCCUACCGCAGAAAAUAUUAAAGACUGUAUUCGUUAUGGGAAUCUAGAAUUCCAGAAUACAGAUGUCGAUAGGGCCUUGGGUUUUGCACUUGACCAAGAAAUGAUUAUGAAGACAAGAAUAGGUGUAGUGGAACUAUAUGUCGGUAGAAAUGAAAAAGUAUGGAAUUGCUUAAAUCCUCUUGGCGGUAAUCCAAGUAAGUAUUCUGAUGCAACAUGGGACGAAAUUAAGCAAUUCUUAACAUCCUCUGCUGGCCUUUCAGCUAUAACGGUUUCUAAAUGCAGGUAUGAAGCAGCUUUAAUACUAAAAAGUAAAUGCUUAAAAAAUUAUGUAUUGGGGGAGGUUCUUCAGAUUUUGAAUAUGAUGAUAACUGUGAAGCGAUGGAUUAUACCUUGUCAGUCAGGAUGGCAGCCGCUUGUUGUCACCAUAGCGGAAAGUUCAAGUGAUAAGAGUACUGAUACUUCUAUUUAGUAAUUAAUUGGUGCCUUAUUUCUCAAAAUAGGAAACACAGUUAAUUCCAAAAUAGAAAACUAAAGCUCGUCAUAAUAGAAAUAUGUUAGUAAUACAGGGUUGUCUUACUUAUUUCAAAAGUUAGUUGGGCCAUUAGAUUACUCAUGGCAAAAACUAUCAUGGAUACUGUGGAGUAUUAUUGAUCAGUCCUGCGCUGGAUGAAUAUCACAGGCCAUUGAAGAAGAAAGUAUAUGGUUUAUGUAAGCAUGAAAAGGAAGUGAUUAAAAGACGCUUGUCGCAAUCAGUUUAUCCUGGUUCUCUCACCUACAGCAUUUUUUUAUAUUUUUAUAGCGCAGAUUGGAAAACACUUUUCCCUUUGCAGUAUCAUACACCGGGUGGGAUUGCCUACGAAGAAGACCUGAACUAGUUUCCGAUGCUGUAGGCAUCAGGUGAUCAUGCCAUCUAGCAAUGGAAUUUGAUGAUGAAGUGAUUUUCCUUUUUAUGAUUUGCAUUGCAUUUUACUGUUUUACUUGCGAGUUGCGAGACCCCUGUCCCUUGUUAGGGUAAAAACUGACUAUCAGGAGAAUAGACCUUUGGUACUUCUUUCUAAAUUGAACUUGCCAUUAGCUUUCA